CAGCUUCCGGUUUGGAGCACACACACGCAGCCCCCCCCCCCCCCUUUUCUCCUCCUUCUCCCCAAGAACCGGGGUCGCGGCGAGCCCCGGGCCUCGGUGCAGCAGAAAUGGAUUCCCAGGAGAUCAAAGAGCUGCAGCAAGAAGUGAUGGAGGAGCUGGGAAUCUCCAUGGAGGAGCUCCAGGAUAUCAUCGACAAAGAGCUGGAGAAGUUUGAGUGCGUGAAGCAGAGGAAGCAGCAGCUGGAGGAGCUGGAAAAGUGCGUGAAACAGAAGGAAGAAGAGGUGGCUCGCGUUGACCGGCUCUUUGAUGACGCUUCAAGAGCUAUUGAUAAAUGCGAGAUGUUGGUGAAGGAUCUGUACUCCAAGCUGGGCCUCCAGUACCGUGAGAGCAGUUCUGAGGACGAGGACUUGGCUGCCAAGCCCAUGGAAGUGAUUGAGAUCCCGGAUGAGGACGACGAUGAUGUCAUGAGUAUCGAUUUGGGCUGGAAGCACAGCGAUAGUAGUCCCAGAAUUGCAAAGGAUCAGACUCUGCUGCGGGAGGCCAUGGCUGCAAUGAGAAAGUCUGCCCAGGAUGUUCAGAAAUUUAUGGAUGCCGUGAACAAGAAAACAAAUGCCCAGGAUGCACAAAAAGAUGCACAAACUCCUCAGGAAGCUCCUGGUACCGUGCAGCCCGUUGGCCCUGCAGCAGCUGGGAGUGAUCUCAGCAAUGACGGUGAUCUGAACGUUGGCAUGAGGAUCCUGGGCAAGAAAAGAACCAAAACAUGGCACAAAGGAACUCUAAUUGCAAUCCAGACCGUCGGUGCUGGAAAGAAGUACAAAGUGAAAUUUGAUAAUAAAGGGAAGAGUUUGCUUUCUGGCAAUCACAUCGCUUAUGACUAUCACCCCUCGCCUGAGAAACACUAUGUUGGCAGCAGGGUUGUGGCAAAAUACAAAGAUGGAAAUCAGGUUUGGCUGUAUGCUGGCAUUGUGGCUGAAACCCCAAACGUGAAGAAUAAAGACAGGUUCCUGAUCUUCUUUGAUGAUGGCUAUGCUUCGUAUGUCAAGGAGUGGGAGCUGUACCCGAUCUGCAGGCCACUGAAAAAGACCUGGGAAGACAUAGAGGAUGUUUCCUGUCGUGAUUUCAUUGAGGAGUACAUCACGGCCUACCCCAACCGUCCCAUGGUGCUGCUGAAGAAUGGCCAACUGAUCAAAACAGAGUGGGAAGGGACCUGGUGGAAAUCCAGAGUGGAAGAAGUGGAUGGCAGUCUGGUCAAAAUCCUUUUCCUGGCUUGUAUGGUACCCCUGGAAGUUCUUGCCAUAGGUGCUGUGAGUGUUGCCUUCUCCUUGCUGCAGGAUGACAAACGUUGUGAGUGGAUUUACCGAGGUUCCACACGCCUUGAGCCCAUGUUCAGCAUGAAAACUUCCACAGCCUCCACCCAAGAAAAGAAGCAAAGUGGACAAGCAAGGACUCGUCCCAAUGUCGGUGCUGUCAGGAGCAAAGGGCCUGUAGUACAAUAUACGCAAGAUUUAACGGGAGCUGGUACCCAGUACAAACCUUUAGAGCAAAUGCAGGCAGCCUCGCUGGCUGCACAGUCCGUUUCUCCACAGCCUGCUGAGAUGGAAUGCUCUGACAGUCAGCUGGCCCAGUCAAGAAAGCAAGUGGCCAAGAAAAGCACUUCCUUCCGUCCUGGCUCCGUAGGCUCUGGGCAGUCAUCACCUUCUUCACCUGUCCUAAGUGAUACACCUCCGGCGGGAAGGACUGGUGCAUCCCAGCAGCAUCGGCUCUCCAGUGGCCAGGCAGGCAGUGGCACAGCACAGGCCUUCCAUGGCAUGAUGGACCGCGUGCCCAACGAGCCCUCUUACCGAGCCCCGCUGGAGAAACUCUUCUACCUGCCGCACGUCUGCAGCUACACCUGCCUGUCCCGCGUCCGUCCCAUCCGCAGCGAUCAGUACCGCAGCAAGAACCCCCUGCUCAUCCCACUGCUCUACGACUUCCGACGAAUGACAGCCCGCCGACGGGUUAACCGUAAGAUGGGCUUCCACGUCCUCUACAAGACGCCCUGUGGGCUGUGCCUGAGAACCAUGCAGGAGAUCGAACGCUACCUUUUUGAGACGGACUGCGACUUUCUGUUCCUGGAGAUGUUUUGCCUGGACCCGUAUGUGCUGGUGGAUCGCAAGUUCCAGCCCUACAAACCCUACUACUACAUCGCAGACAUUACCAAGGGCAGGGAGGACGUGCCGCUGUCCUGUGUCAACGAGAUCGAUAACACCCCGCCUCCGCAGGUGGCCUACAGCAAAGAACGCAUCCCUGGCAAAGGGGUUUACAUCAACACCAGCUGGGAGUUCCUCGUGGGCUGCGAUUGCAAAGACGGCUGCAGAGACAAAUCGAAAUGUGCCUGUCACCAGCUGACAGUCCAAGCGACUGGCUGCACCCCAGGCGGGCAGAUCAACCCCAAUUCAGGAUACCAGCACAAAAGGCUGGAAGAAUGCCUCCCGACAGGAGUUUACGAGUGUAACAAGAGGUGCAAGUGCAACAUUAACAUGUGCACCAACCGCUUGGUCCAACACGGGCUCCAAGUCCGCCUGCAGUUAUUCAAGACGCAGAACAAAGGCUGGGGCAUUCGCUGCCUCGAUGAUAUUGCUAAAGGCUCUUUUGUCUGCAUUUACGCAGGGAAAAUCCUCACGGAUGACUUUGCCGACAAAGAGGGGUUAGAGAUGGGUGACGAGUAUUUUGCAAACCUGGAUCACAUUGAGAGCGUGGAGAACUUCAAGGAGGGCUAUGAGAGCGACGCAAAAUGCUCUUCUGACAGCAGCGGGGUGGACCUCAAGGACGAAGAGGAGGAAAACACAGGCACUGAGGAGCAGGAGGAGUCCAACGAGGACAGCUCUGACGACAACUUCUGCAAGGACGAGGACUUCAGCACCAGCUCAGUAUGGCGCAGCUAUGCCACGCGACGGCAGACCCGGGGCCAGAAGGAGAAUGGGCUGUCAGAGACAGCCUCCAAGGACUCAGGGCUCACCCGGCAAAUCAGCCACGAUGAGACGGCGGUGGCUGCCUCCUGUAAGCUGCCGGUGUCAGAGGAGACCUCCAAGAACAAAGUGGCCUCAUGGCUGAGCUCCAACAGCAUGUCUGACAGCUUCCAGGACAAUGACAGUGCCUCCUCCUUCAAGAUGAGCGAAAGUGGCGAAGCCAAGGCCAGCAAAACGGAGCUCCCGUGUGAGAGAGAGAAAGCCUGUGCUGCUGCCCUGGGUGACCUAGAUGGAGAGUCAAAGGCACUGAAGAAAGAUGAACCUGAAGAUCCAACCAAAAUUCCUGGGCUAAGCGACUUGGGAAGGAUGUAUGGCUACAACCCGAGCCCUCCCAAACUGGAAGGGAUCCGCAGGCCGACGAGCAAGACCGCCCUGCUGCAGAGCAGACGGCAUUCUCUCGCCCCACAGCCCCCCACAGAUGAUGUGCUGACCCUGUCGAGCAGCACGGACAGCGAGGGGGAGAACGGGCAGCCGGUGGUGGGGCAGGCCCAGGGCACCACCAAUGACAGUGAUGACAUCCAGACCAUUUCCUCGGGCUCCGAGGAGGAGGAAGGGGAUGACAAGAAAAACCCCUCAUCUGGGUCAGGUCCUGUGAAGAGGCAGGUGGCAGUGAAAUCCACCCGAGGCUUUGCCCUGAAAUCCACUCACGGGAUUGCCAUCAAAUCAACCAACAUGGCAGCAGCCGACAAGGGCGAGAGCGCACCCAUCCGCAGAACCACCCGCCAGUUCUACGACGGAGAGGAGUCCUGUUAUAUCAUCGAUGCCAAGCUGGAAGGGAACCUGGGCCGAUACCUCAACCACAGCUGCAUUCCUAACCUCUUUGUGCAGAACGUUUUUGUGGACACGCACGAUCUCCGCUUCCCCUGGGUCGCCUUCUUCGCCAGCAAGAGGAUACGAGCUGGCACAGAGCUGACAUGGGAUUACAACUACGAAGUGGGCAGCGUGGAAGGCAAACAGCUGCUGUGCUGCUGUGGGGCUGUCGAGUGCCGAGGGCGGCUGCUGUGAGCCCACCCACCUGAUGCUCCUACCGGCUCCCUCUUGACCACAGGCUUGGUGCUGAUUUUCCCUUUUUGAGGGUAAAGUUUCUUCCCAAGAGGUGGUUGUUUAAUAGUAACCGUUACGAAGCUGAGCACAGUGGCUUCGAGUUCUCCUGGUCACUUGAAAAUUACAGCGGCAGAUGGACACAGAACAGAAACGUAACCUGGCACAUGUGUGACGGCUGCGGGGGGGGGGGUGAUGCCCAAACCUGAUGCUGUGAGCUUUACUUCUCUCCCUCAGCACCGCCAGAAAGGCCGUUACCUGCCUGAGCCCUUGACAAGCAGCUGUUCCUGCUCUCUUCCAGCUCUCCACCAAAUUUAAGACACAAAGCCCUGGGCAUUGCUGCCGGUUUUCCAGCAGGAAACACUUCACCAAGACUCCAGGGAAGUGCUUCACAGUUGGGACUGAGCCAUUGAUGUCCAUGCAGCCUUGGGAUAGGACUGGGAGGGAGCAAGGGUGGUGGAGAUAAAUCCAGAUUGGUCUACUCAUACUGGGCUUAUAGCAGUGACAUAAAUUUAAGUGGGGAAAAAAAAAAACAGUCUUCAACUGUGAUAUGUUGUAAAGAAUCUUUUCAUUGUUAAAAA